AUGUUUGACUUAAUUUGGAGAAUGUUUCUUUGCCUUCCGGUUUUGGGAAUGACUAAAAGUGAUCUUCAGACAGUUGCAGCUACAGAAGGAGGACAGGCUAAAGAUGGUUCACCAACACCACAGCUCAGUGGCUGGCAGUUGGCAAACCCUUCUCUGCCUCCUGAAUUGAAAAAGCUUUAUGGCAUCAUGGAAGCUGAACAGGUCAACAAGCAUGUGCUGUUACGAAGGAAGCGGUCCAUUCUGUUUCCCAGUGGUGUUAAGAUCUGCCCUGAUGAAUCUGUUGAGCAGGCUAUUGCCAACCAUCUGAAAUAUUUCAGGCUCAGAGUGUGUCAGGAAACAGUCUGGGAGGUCUUCAAGACAUUCUGGGAUAGGCUGCCAGAGAGUGAAGAAUACCACACCUGGAUGAGCCUGUGUGAGGAAGGAAUGAUGAGCAUCUUUGAAAUGGGCACAAACUUCAGUCAGUCUGAGGAGCACCGGAGUCUGAUUGUGAAGAAACUGUCCUAUACAAGGGAAGCAAUGGGCAGCUCCUGCACUGACUGGUCAUGUGGUGGGACUCCAACUCCAUCUUUGGAUGCUGAUGUUACCACAUUAAGAGAUGCAGCUGCCAAUGUUCCUCCCCAUCAUGAGAUCUCCAUUGAGAGUCCUGCAGGUAGUACUGUCUAUGAGAUCGAAGAUGCAGACACUACCAUCAAUAAUGAGAUAAAGAAGCAGGAUGAGAAGCUUGUGAGACCUGUAACUGAGCAGAUGAUUGAGUUCAGCAUUUUGAUUGUUGGUGAGAAGUACAGUGAGGAGCUGAGCGACCCAACUGCUGUGAAGCGUCAACUGCUCUCUCAACAAUUCAUUUCUCAGAUUGAAAGUGUAUUUGAAGGCCUACCUGGAUACAAAAGCAUCCAUGUCCUGGAUUACAGCUCUCCCGAGGAUGACAGUGGAGUGGAAGUUCACUAUGCUGUUACAUUUGAUGGAAAAGCUAUCAGCAAUGCCACCUGGGACCUGAUUAACCUUCAUUUCAACAAGGUGGAGGACAACGCCUUUAUGGGCAUAGAGGAUAAUCCAACAGUUGUGUACACCUUCAGUGAUUUCCGAGAUUAUAUUGCUGAAAUCCUCCAGAAGAAUGCCUUGCUUGGAAACACUUCCUUGUCUUUAGACCCUAACUCUCUCCAGCUUACUAAUGUGAAAGAAAUAGUACACUCGGCCCCAGAAGACCCAUCCUGGAUUACUGAGCAUUCAUUUGUGCUGGAGCACCCGGCAUUCAAUGACAGUACCUUUUUAGCUGAACGGCCUUCAGCAGAUGAAUCAACUGUCAGCAAUACCUUGCCCUUUGAUUUCACCAAACCAGAUUCUACUUCAGAUGUUGAACAGUCUAAUGACAAUGAAAUCUGGCCAAGACCAGAAAAUCUGGACUCUGAGGACAGUUUGGCACCUGAAUCUCCGCUCUCCUCAGAGGCUGACAUCACUUCUCUGCCUGAUGGGCUGAAUUUAGAAGAUGUGAAUCAGACUCCUCAUUUGACCACUGCACCAGUGUUAGGGAGCGAUUCUGUGGACUCUCUGGAAUGGCUUUCAGCCCCCAGUUCUCUAGAUGUGUUUGAUGAUACUGGACUAGCUGAAGACCUUCUUUUGCCUUCAAGUCCUUCGCCUCACCUCAUGCCUGAAGAACCUCCAUCUACAGACGAUUAUGCAGUUCCUCUGCUUUCUGCACCAACAGUGGCCUCCUCAUCAGUCAUAGAGACUGAUAUUCAAGAAAUAGUAUCUACUGAGAAGCAAGAAGUAACUCAGGAUAGUCCUGAAGACAGUGACAAGGCAGACUCUGUAUUACAUGAGUCUGUGGAAGAAAUUAAUUUGCCCUUAGAAGUACAACCUAUGGAAGAUGAAACCGAUAUAUAUCUUGGAGACAAAGUUAUAUAUGAUGAUGGAUCUGGUUCAGCGUUUGAUGGUUCAGGAAAAGAAAUGGAAUCAAGUAUUUGGCCUUGGGAGGAAGCAACACUGGAACCAGUUUUCUACCCUAGUCCUGAUACCUGGCUUGAAGAUGACAAUGAGUCUUUGUUAAUCAGAACUGAAGAAGAUAUUCCUGAAGGCAUGAUCUUAGACUAUAUUCUUAACUCUGGGAAUAACUUAGAUGAUGUUCCUUCCAAAGAAGAUAAUGAAGGUAUGGCCAGUAUAAAAGAUAUCCUCAAUGAGUCUGAAAUAUUUGUCUUUCCAGAAACUACAACACAGCAGGCACCUCUGUUACAGACGAUAGAGCCAUCUUCUAUGGAACUACCUACACAGACAGAAACAUCAGUCAUAUAUGAUUCUUCUUUUGUUAAACCAUCCUUGGUUUUGGAGCCUUCAGUGGACCAUUCUUUUGCAGACAUGCCAACUGGAGAGGCCCCUGUCUCACUGCACAAUACAAGUCUGUCAGCAGAAGAUAGUCUCCUUACAUCUACAGGGACCGUCAGUACAGAGCAAUCUGAAGAGUCCAGUGUAGAUCAGAACAUAGUUCCAGAAACAAUUGAACAGCAAAAUGAAGACAGGAAAAUGGUAGAAGAACUAUUCACAGUGGGGCAGUCAGAUGUAACUGAAGCUGCUACAAUAGGCCACAUGGACACAAGCUCUUCAGAAACUAUUCUGACGGGAAAACCUGAUGCUUCCACAGAAGAGCAACAAAUCCUAGAUUCAUCAUUGGCAGAUCAAGACACCAUUGGAUCAGCAGUGAAGAAAACAGCUGAUGUUUGGCCUACUGAUCAAACAGUGCAAUCAGCAACGCCAACUGCCACUCAGGUUUCAACUGUAGUUCCUUCUGUAGUAGAUCACACCACUGUUCUAGAGGGGUUCACUCUGCAGGGUGGCACAGGCCAUGACACAGAUGCUUCCGUGAGUUUCAGCACUGUCAUGAACCCGUAUGUAACAGUGAGUGUGACAAGCAGCACUGUUGAACUUCCAGCAUCAUCGCCUGUGGCUACCUCAACAAAGCCAGGAGAUGAAACGAUGAGAGUCCUGGAUGUUUCAGUAGACCUGGAUCAUGUGAGCACCGUCCACUUUUCUCCUGAGCUGACUGGGGAGGGAAGGAGAAUGACUGAAAGUCACAUGGAGCUAACAACGCAUGUCCAGUCCACAGAGAUGGCCAGUGUGGCUUGGGCCACACAUGAAAAUCGCAGUAGUACUCCUAUCCCAUCACGUGCUCUAGUUGUGUUUUUCAGUCUUCGGGUUACCAACAUGAUGUUUUCAGAGGACCUGUUUAAUAAAAACUCCCCUGAAUACAAAGCAUUGGAGCAGCGAUUCUUGGAACUGCUGGUGCCCUACCUUCAGUCAAAUCUGACGGGCUUCCAGAAUCUGGAAAUCCUGAACUUCAGAAAUGGCAGCAUCGUGGUGAACAGUCGAAUGAAAUUUGCCAAACCUGUGCCUCGGAAUGUCACCAAUGCUGUGUACAUGAUCCUGGAAGACUUCUGCAACACUGCGUAUCACACCAUGAACCUGGCCAUUGAUAAAUACUCCCUGGAUGUGGAAUCAGGUGAGCAAGCAGAUCCCUGCAAGUUCCAGGCCUGCAAUGAGUUCUCAGAAUGCUUAGUAAAUCGCUGGAGUGGGGAAGCUGAAUGUGUCUGCAAUCCUGGCUACCUAAGCAUCGAUGGGCUGCCAUGCAAUAGCAUUUGUGAUCUGCAACCAAACUUCUGCCUGAAUGAUGGGAAGUGCGACAUAAGCCCUGGGCAAGGGGCCAUCUGUAGGUGUCGUGUGGGAGAAAACUGGUGGUACAGAGGGGAGCACUGUGAAGAAUACGUGUCUGAGCCACUGGUUGUGGGUAUUGCAAUUGCUUCUGUGGCAGGAUUCCUUCUUGUGGCAUCUGCUGUCAUCUUCUUUUUGGCCAGGACCCUUCGAGACCAAUAUACAAAGAGUGACACUGAGGACUCACAGGGGCAGGGUGACAGCCUUUCGUCCAUUGAGAACGCAGUUAAAUACAACCCCAUGUAUGAAAGUGAUACGACUGGCUACAGCCAUUAUUACCGGAGAUACCCUCAGCUAACGUCCUACAGUUCUACCAGUGCAGAGACAUCCACAGACUACAGCAGUGAAGAGAUCAGGCAUAUUUAUGAAAACAGUGAGCUUACUAAGGAGGAAAUUCAGGACAGAAUUCGAAUUAUAGAGCUCUAUGCUAAAGACCGUCAGUUUGCAGAGUUUGUUAGGCAGCAUCAAAUGAAGCUGCUUUAAGAAAAAAAGAAAUUGGUAGAAUGCAUGUGGGAGAUAAAGACUACCUUGUUGCCAUAGCAGUGGGCUCAGAUGUAACUGCAAAGUUACUUAUAGUCUUAACAUUGCAUGGAUGGAUACAGAUGUUUUCUAAAUGAAUGGCUAAAAUGUGCAGAUGUCUGUUUAUCUCAAUUACUUCUGGCUUUUCUGUGUAAAGUGACAUUUCUAAGAGGUGAUCAGAAGUGGCUGAGGCUAUGAAAGUUCAUUUUUCUUUAACUCUGAAAUGGACAGUGAAAGUUUGUAUACCAAGG